UCCAGUCAGAACCAACAUGAGGAACAAACUGUGGCUCCAGAGUAUUUCCUUCUUCCUUUUAUUCCAGUACACUACGUGUUGUGAAAACCUCACUUGUUUUGUGGACUAUGUACAGACCCUGUCCUGUAUCCUGAGAAAUGACUUGGGUGCCAGUUCGUAUAACCUCACUGCAACAUGGGUUAAUGAGGAAGAUCCAGAAAAUACUGUGGCUGCCUGCAAUCUCUUGCAAUUCUCCAGGAACACCAGUCACACGCAGUACAUGUGCACUGUGGACAUGACUGUGCUCAUGGCAGAUAACAAAGUCCAGGUGGAUGUUACAGAGAUGGCUGAUGGGCAGCACGUGAUUUCUAAAGGCUUUUAUAUGGCAGAGAACGUCAAACCGCAGCCUCCGUUCAAUCUGACUGCUGUGUUCUCAGAUGGUUACAAUAUUUCUUGGGAAACUAUCUACCAGAGCUCUCCUUUCUACUUUUUGAAUGAGGAGCUGGAAUAUCAGCUGCGUUAUAAGAGAAGGACUGACACCUGGGAGACUCAGAAGACUAAAGCUGUCCAUGAAGAUAAACGGACGCUGGUGGUCCUGCCAUGGGAACUCCAGGCGGACACUGAGUAUGAGUUCCAAGUGAGAGCCAGAACCCGAGAAGACACUGGCUACCAUGGAUUUUGGAGUGAAUGGAGUCCUCUGCUGAUGCUGAAAACCAGGCCUGCCGCAGUGACACAGACAGCAGGCAUGGGAUGGCUGCUGCUGUUUGGUGUUGUCGUGGCAGUCGCUGCCUCAAUCACAACCUUUCUGGCCAAACAGAGGAGCUUGUGGAAGAAGAUGGCUUGUAUCCCAGACCCUGCUCCCUUUUUCAAGCCUCUUUACCUGGUGCAUAAUGGAGAUUUCAAGGUAUAAAUGGGC